AUCGUAGUGAUGUCAUAAUGUUUUGAGCUAUAACUAUGCAUUAUGGAGGGUGAGCCCCCAGGGUUCGGUAAAUACCCCUCUAGAUCCUCCCAUUUCAGGGUAACCCUCAUACCAAACCGUUUAUUAACCCACAGAAUUCAUUCGUUAGGCAAUGGAGUCGGAUGGCGACCGCUCGUUCCCCGUGAUAAUGAACGUCCGCCGGAAAGAGACGUCCGAGAGAAUCCUGGAUCUCACGCUUGAAAUGAUCUAUGUGCUGACCGGACAGGAUUAUAUUCUCCCGAAGAAGCCGUGUGACCGCACCGCACACAGCAGACAUCCCCGCGCGUCGAAAGAGUCGUCCGGGACCCGCAACCCUGGGACGGAGCCUCCGACACGCGAGGAAAACGGCAAGAAGAAAAUCCUGGGACUGGCCAGCAAGAUCAUCCAGCUGCUGACCGGACAGGUGAGGGCCGCCCGGGACGGGGCUUCUUACGGUAAAGGCCGAAGGGCCUGGUUGGGUGAUGACCGUGUCGCUGUCCGUGUCAGGUGCCCCUGUGGUGCGAGGACGUGGCCGUCUAUUUCUCCGCGGAGGAGUGGGAGUACGUAGAGGAACACAAGGAGCUUUACAGGGACUUGGUGAAGGACACUCGCCAGCCCCAACACUC